AUGUUGGAUCGAACCAGGGUCCAACGAGAGCUCGUCGAAAUUCGACGGGAUCAUGAGUCGGGGGUGACUGUUGAUGUUCCAGGAGAUGAUCUCGCUCGAAUGAGCGGGACUAUAAUGGGGCCUGUCGGAACGCCUUAUGAAGGAGGAACGUUUCUGGUGGAUAUAGUACUUACAGACUCGUACCCGUUCAAGCCUCCAAAGAUGACCUUCAUUACCAAGGUCUGGCACCCUAACGUCAGCAGCCAAAACGGUGCAAUUUGUCUGGAUAUUCUGAAAGACCAGUGGACUCCUGCCUUGACGCUCAAAACGGCUCUUCUGUCACUUCAAGCGCUGUUAUCAUCACCUGAACCUGAUGACCCUCAAGACGCAAUCGUCGCGCAACAGUAUUUGAAGGAUUAUCAGACGUUUGUCAGCACUGCACGGUACUGGACAGAGGCGUUUGCCAAAAGACCAUCCUUGGCACUUGAUGACAAGGUGAAGAAGCUGGUGGAGAUGGGCUUUCCAGAGGCCGCUGCUAGGGUUGAAAGGGGGAGAGGAUGGGUGGUGGCUCCUGGGUCUGCAAGACUGCUCCGGCACUUCCAGUCCCGCACGCUGAAGCAGGCCCUGGUAACCACGCACUCGCGCCUGGACGUGCUGCUUCUCACUGACCAGCUUGGCAAUUUCUCCUUUGACUCUCAAAUCAACGUCACUACCGGCGCUGCUGCUUCACCUUCUGCCUCUGGUGGCCCCUCUCACGCUCCUCUUACAUUAUCACCCCCUCCAUCUGAGUCCCGUCCGCCCUCCGAUACAUCGCAAACAGCUGCUGCAGACUUAUAUGGCGAAUCAGCGUCAGCCCCAUCAGCAGCAGUGCCGUCACAAACAGCUGCGCCAUCAUGUGGAGUGACAGCAGAACCAGGAGGCACACUACUAAACGAGGCACAAACAUCACCCGCAGCAGCAGUCUCAGGCAUCGACUCUCUGGAAGCUGCCAGAAAGAGGGUGGAUGAGUUUGUUGAGACCUGCAAGAAGUGGAAUCUGAAGCCAUCACAAAUCCUUGUGGUGCUUGGUUCUGGACCCACUUCCUCCUUCCUCGCGCAAGCCCUGCAAGACAGUGGAUGGGCCGCAUGGUGGAAGCAGCUGUCUGAGGGGACAUUGCACAGGGAUGGAAUGCGAGACGGUGAUGUGCAAGUGGAUGGGGAUCGGAAACAGGUUGCUGACUGGCUGCAGGCUAGUGCUAGGUUCAAGGCAGCAGACAUGGUAGAGCUGAAGGGAGUGGUGGAGGAGCUGAAUGGAGUGUCGUUUAGAAGCAGCACGUUCGUGCAUGCGCAAGGGAGAAUUUAG